AUGAUAUGUAUUAGAGGUAGAGGUAUGAGGUGUUUGAGAUGUAUUAGAGGUAUUGGAGGUAGAGGUAUGAGAGGUGUGAUCGGUAGAGAUAUUAAAGGUAGAAGAAUGAGAGAUAGAGGUAUGAGAGGUAUUGGAGGCAGAGGGAUUAGAUGUAUGAGAGGUAUUGGAGGUUUGAAAGGUAUUGGAGGUAUGAGAGGUAUUGGAGGUUUGAAAGGUAUUGGAGGAUUGAAAGGUAUGAGAGGUAUUGGAGGUUUGAACGGUAUGAGAGGUUUGAAAGGUAUGAUAGGUAUUGGAGGAUUGAAAGGUAUGAAAGGUAUUGGAGGAUUGAAAGGUAUGAAAGGUAUUGGAGGUUUGAAAGGUAUGAGAGGUUUGAACGGUAUGAUAGGUAUUGGAGGUUUGAAAGGUAUGAGAGGUAUUGGAGGUUUGAAAGGUAUGAGAGGUAUUGGAGGUUUGAACGGUAUGAGAGGUUUGAAAGGUAUGAUAGGUAUUGGAGGAUUGAAAGGUAUUGGAGGAUUGAAAGGUAUGAAAGGUAUUGGAGGUUUGAAAGGUAUGAGAGGUUUGAACGGUAUGAUAGGUAUUGGAGGAUUGAAAGGUAUGAAAGGUAUUGGAGGAUUGAAAGGUAUGAAAGGUAUUGGAGGUUUGAAAGGUAUGAGAGGUUUGAAAGGUAUGAAAGGUAUGAGAGGUUUGAAAGGUAUGAGAGGUUUGAAAGGUAUGAAAGGUAUGAGAGGUUUGAACGGUAUGAUAGGUAUUGGAGGUUUGAAAAGUAUGAAAGGUAUGAUAGGUAUUGGAGGAUUGAAAGGUAUGAGAGGUUUGAAAGGUAUGAUAGGUAUUGGAGGCUUGAAAGGUAUGAAAGGUAUGAGAGGUUUGAAAGGUAUGAUAGGUAUUGGAGGAUUGAAAGGUAUGAAAGGUAUUGGAGGUUUGAAAGGUAUGAAAGGUAUUGGAGGUUUGAAAGGUAUGAGAGGUUUGAAAGGUAUGAAAGGUAUGAGAGGUUUGAAAGGUAUGAAAGGUAUGAGAGGUUUGAAAGGUAUGAAAGGUAUUGGAGGUAUUACAGUUAGAGGUAUGCUAAGAGACUAUGAGAUCAUGACAGCAGCCCUGGAUUAACAGGGGGAGAAGGCUAUUACGUCCAGUGGAACAUUGUGUAGUAGUAAUGUGUUAUAUUAGACAGAAUGACACACUGAAUAUGUUAUAUAGAAUAAAAAAGCUUUAUUUUAUAAAAAUCCAUGGUAACAGUUACAUGAUUUGAUUUGUAAUGAAUUGUUCAA